UCACCGCGGAUGGUGGGGCUUUUUCGCUUGGGUCGUGUUUCGAAGGGAUAACAGCGCUCGGUUUCCUCGGCACCUAGUGAUGGCAAAAGGACAGUUUGAAUGGAGUUAAGUGGUACGAUUUGUCGUUGGGCCUCGGUGCGGUACACGCAAGCGAGCAGUUGGAAACGCUUCUAGGCAUUGUUUGUUUGUGUGUGUGUGUGUUGCUCGGAGCUGUAAACAAACUUUCCAGAUAAGGUAAAAAUGGAACUAACCAGCUGAGCAGCGGGAGGCACGUUCUUUGAUGCUGGGAAUCCAACCGACAGUCACGAGUCACAAUUAUUUCAGCCUGUUCGGGUUUUUUUCUUUUUAUUAAAACCGUGUGUUCCCUGAGAAGGGAGGAAAAACUUCGAAAACAACGGAAAGCUAUUAUCCGGGGUGUUGGUCGGUGUUCGCUAUGUGACGUUGAAACGGGGAAUGAAUCCGAGCGGAAGUUUUUUCCCUUGCAUUACAAUAAUAAUUCACAUUAUAUUGUUAUCGUUUGAAAACGAGAGUUGAGAGGUUGUGCGGAGACGUUUUCAUGGUGUGGUAUGGUUGAUGGUACUGAUCACCCCCAAUGGAAAAACUUCUUGUGAGAUUUUAGGAUUUUCGGUAUUUAGCAUAAGUAUGUAAAACUUGUCUGCUAUUUGAUACUAUCAUUACUGUUGAGGAUAUUAUUUUUAUAAGCGGAAAAAUAUAUUUAUGUGUAAAGAAAAAGUCUCAUCUGUAAAGUGCUGUGAGCUGAAAUAUUAUCCACGAGGCAAACCAAAUGGUAGCAUAAAAUAUGCAUAUUCGGUGUCGGAAUAAUAUGCAAUAAGCUGUAUUAUGGCAGCUCCAAAUGAUGGCAAUAAUCAUGGUGUGAUGAUGAUGUGUCAAGCUGUUUAGCGUUCUUGAGCUCGUUGGGAGCUCGUUCAUUCGCUGCGUCAUACAACGGAACGCAAAAACAAGACAAAAGGACAAUCUCGCGCGCAAGGCGACAGUAUAAAGUGUCGGGCUAAGCGUUUAAUAAAAGUCAUAACUCAGCAGAUUCUCUGCGUCAGUAAAGUGUUUAAAUUAAAAGCUUCCUCGGAGGAUUGUGCCAUCAAGUGAUUACCCGACUACGAAGAAACUGUGCAUUAGUGGAAAGAUAUUGUCCCCGUGGGGGUGGGUUAGCCGAAGAAAGGAGUAAAGCAUAAUCGUAAAGUGAAAUUUAAUCCUUAGAGUGCUCUGCUUUCAAUGUCCGUACGGAAUUCUGUUUAGCAACAAACAGUGCACAAACCAUAAAUAUCAACGAACGAAAGGACAAUACUCACGAAAUAGUCCUCCCGUUCGCCCAACCUACGUUGCUAUACAUUGGUUACUCUUCUACCGUGAAACGAAAUCCUGUUGUAUAAGUGUGUAUCUAGACACCGUUGCUUUCGCUGUCGAUGACCAGUCAACAAAGUUCUGAGAAUCUGACAUCCACCAGCAGGUUUGCACUAACCGGCUGAAACUGCCAUCCGUACGGUUUUUCACCAUCCACACCAGGAUUACGCGUGAUAAUGCAGUGGACCAUAUCUUCUACGGUUUUAUGAGCACUUUUUCGGAUUUCUCUACGUAAAAGCGUCAGUAAAAGUCAACGGCAGCAUUGAUGAGGACGACAACGACGACGACGACGACGGCCGCUUCAUUGCACCAUUUGUAUCGAAUCGAAGCCACGGUGGUACUUACGGCAGCAUCCGGACCAGACCGAAACACACGUACGAUUGGGAAUCGACUGCAUCAUCAUCGUGCUUCCACCGUAUAGGAGACGGUAGUAGCUCUCCGUUCGGCGCGGCUGGGUUGCAGAAAAACAAGUUAACCAGAAACCAAAACAACUAUUCUUCCUCACCACAGGCCAAACGAGAUGGGGAGCGGACUCUGCGUCUGCGAGCUGCCUGCAGUGCAAUGAAGGGUACUAAUUUCUAAGAGUGGUACGCCCCGCAGGGAGCCUAGAAUUCGAGCAGAAAAACACCGUAAACCGUACAGUCUCCAGCACAAGCACGGUACGAGUAACCUUUUCAGACGUCGAGCAGCGAGUGGUUUCGGAUUGCUUUUGUCAGUGAGGAAAUGCCAACAACAGAAUCAAAGUUUGUUAGUUCUACCAUCGGGACGGUCCCGGAGGGGACCACAAGCUGGAACGAUCCAAGAAGCAAACAGUCAGAAAAUAUGGCACUAGGGCAGCGGGGACAUAACAUAAUAGUCAAAAAGUGGUUCGACAAAUAACCCACCUUUGGGGCUUGGUUCAGGUCGGGAAGUAGCAAGAUGUACGAAAAAACACAGUUAAAUCUAGAAUAUAGGGAAUGAAGUGUACCACCUCAGCAGGAGAUAUUCGAAUGCAAAAAAAAGAUAAUACAAAAGAAACGACCAAGCUUAGGUUUUGGCAAGCAAAAAAAAAGGAUGCCGUUUCCGGUUGUUCUUUUUAUUUUACAUAUUCAAUUGUGAAGUGUACCGAGCGGAAGGUGGUUGGGAUCCAACUGCAGACCGUCCGGUAAAUUGUCGGUGGGUUUUUUUUUCCUACUUGACAAACAGCGGUAGAGAUAGGGGAAUACGGAUUCGAGUCUCACGGGUGAUGAAAUUCAAUAAUAUAGCAGCAAUACGAUAUCGUAAUAGAUAGUGAAACCGUUGCUCGAAUGAUUUUUUUUUUUUCAUUUUUGUGACCUUUUCCUUUGAUUCGUCACCAACUCAACAGGGUAGGUGUGUCGAUAGUGAAUAUUGAAGCAGUGAAUACAUUAGCAGUAUGUAAAUUGAAAAUGUUGAUGUUAACAGAUUUUUGAAACAAGUGUCCAAGUGCAAACAACGGUAUAAUGACCGACGUCAACCGCAGUACGCAGGCUUAUCUGAAGCACAACGGAAGAAUCGAAUCGGGCCCAAACGCUUCCAGUACGCUGAAGCGUAACAAUAGUUAUCAUCAACGAUUAAAAAAAUCGUACGGUGAGUGCGAAUACGCUGUCAACAACAAUAACAACAACAACAAUGGUCAGCAAUCAGCGAUCAGGAAUGGCACGGAAUCGAUAAAAUGGAAAUCCCUAAAGCCGGAGCCACCAUCUCAGCAGGGUGCGAAACCGGUGGCCACUGUCAAAUCAGGUACGUCGGCUGUCGCUAUCGGAUCGGCUGAUGAGUUUAAACGCUUUCACAUGCUGCGCAACAGCUACGGCGGAAAAUCCAAUUUAAAUGUAAAUAGCCUCAACGAGUCCACAAUAAAAACGCAAGUUUUGCUUCAUCAGCAAAGGCUCAAAGAGUACAGCCGACAUGCUGCGGACCAGAACAAUGAUAGCUACUCGACCUGUUCCUCGUCCCAAUCGGACUAUCAGCAUCCACUGCAUUCGCACAAACAGCUCCAUCGAUACCGGCACCAGCAUCCUCAGCAGCAGCAGCAGCACCCCCAGACACAGCAAUAUCCGGUGUCGGCGACGGUGGCAGCAACUGCCACCCUGACCCGACCCGGUAAUAAUGGAAGCUCCUCGAUCUUGAAGAACAAGGACGCCAACAACGGUGGAAGUGCCAAGAACUCGCUCAGGCGUGGUGCCGGAGGAUUAAGCACAUUAUCGCUGUGCAGCUGUGACGCCGAUACGGAGAUAAUACCGAAUCCAUUAAGGCCAUUAUACCAGUACAGUUUGGAUAGGAAGAAUCCACGUCAGCACACCUAUACGUGCGAGCAGAAUGCCCAGAUUCUGCUGCGUCUCGAAAAGGACCGCCACCGGAAGUACGGGUCCUCCGGAAAACUGGAUGAACCAUUCGUGGAGGAUAUGAUACCACCACCGCCACCGCCUCUCAACCGUCGACCGUCAUUCGGUUACAGUUGCAUUCCACAACCGUUGGCUAAUGAGGUUGGCGGCCUCGGUGGAAUUCAUCAGCAGCUCCAACAGCCAUCGGUCAGUCUAGCUAACGAUCUGACCUCUACGGUCACUGGCAACAAUGGCAUCAUUAAUAAUUAUCCCUCAAAUCAGCCGGACUUGUUCAAUUUCGCAUCAACCGCUGGCAACAACGGAGGCACAAUUGGUGCACACACUCAACAGAGCCAGGCAAACUGUUUUGGAACUGGUGACUAUGGUUCGACACUCAAAUCGACGUUGAGAAAUAAAUCAACUAGCCGGGUGCUAUCCAAUGGGGAAACUGCAACCGCGAACAACGAUGCCGGCAAAGUCAAGCCAAAGCUGAAAAAGAGUGGCUCAAACUUUGACAUAAUGAAUAAUGGCACAUUUAGUGACCCCAUUGCGGAUGACUUGGUCAGCGGAGGGAACGGCACAAUUCCGGUGAAACAGUUUCCUCCCUACUACUUCGACGAUAACUAUCUCAAUCACAGCUUGCACCAACAUUUCUACUACCAAAAUCCGGACGGAAGCUUUCCCGUCAGUAGCAUAAAGAAUGACACCGAGGGUCAACUGUACCUGUUUCACCACGAGCCGGCAUCCUACAUUCCGAACUACGACACAUUAAACCUCCCGUCGAAGUACAACACUAUCGGGCCGAGCGGAAGCGGAGACAGCAGUGGCCACAUGAUUGGCGGCGACUAUAUCGAAAACAGCAAAUAUCAUCACGCUAGCUCAUGCAACCUAAAUCAGUUUAGUACGACGAAGAGUAAUCUCAUUAGCAGCCAUCAGCACCACAUCUCCAACUCGAUCAGUAAUUUUAACUUCAAUCCUUCGCAGUAUUUCGGAACAGGGUUGGACCCGGCUCCAGGUGCCACCAUCAUCGGUGGUCCCGGGGGUUUGGGCGUCAUCGGGGGCGACGGGUUCACGUCGACUAUCAGCCUGAACGGGGGUACGCCCAGCAAGCAGCAGCACGCCUGGAAGCACCGACAGUGUCCCAGUAGAGGGUCCAGCAGCACCGGUUCGGGAUCGUCAAAGUGGGAUCUGCCUUCGCGACAGUGGCUUGCGGUGACCUCGAUCCUGCUGAUAGCCGGUGCUGCCGGUGUGGCCGUCCCGUUUGCCUUGAAGGUUUCGGCCGGGGCACCGCUCGACGAACGGCUCCAGGUCGCCACCCAGCUGCUCGAUACAGUGCCUUUAAUCGACGGCCACAACGAUCUGCCGUGGAACAUUAGGAAGUUUUUGCAUAAUCAACUCAACGAGUUCCGAUUCGACGACGAUUUGAAGCUGGUAUCACCCUGGUCGAAAAGUGCUUGGAGUCAUACCGAUUUGCAAAGACUGAAACGCGGCCGGAUAGCUGCACAGUUCUGGGCCGCGUACGUGCCCUGUGAGGCACAGCACAAAGACGCCGUGCAGAUUACGUUGGAGCAAAUUGAUGUAAUUAAAAGACUGACGGAACGCUACUCACCGCAUCUAACCGCUUGCACCUCGGUUCACGAUAUUUUAGAAGCGCACAAAAACCAUCAAAUGUGUUCACUAAUUGGAGUCGAAGGAGGUCACUCACUGGGUGGAUCAUUGGGUGUCCUGCGGAUUUACUAUGCACUCGGCGUCCGCUAUAUGACCCUAACGUCAACCUGCCACACACCUUGGGCGGAUUCGAGCAACGCAGAUGCACCCAAGUACGACGUCAAGCACGGUGGUCUCACGGCAUACGGGAAGACCGUCAUCCGGGAGAUGAAUCGCCUCGGUAUGAUAGUGGAUCUAUCGAAAUCAUCCGUCGCUACGAUGAAGGACGUCCUGGCGACCUCACAAGCACCGGUCAUAUUUUCCCACUCAUCGGCCCACGCCCUGUGUAACUCGAGCCGGAACGUGCAGGACUCGGUGCUGGGGCUGGUGACGAAAAAUCGCGGCCUGGUGAUGGUUAACUUUUACAAUAAAUUCCUCAGCUGCAGCGAGAAUGCCUCGGUCCAGGAUGCAGUAGCGCACAUAAAUCAUAUCAGACAGAUUGCCGGGAUCGAUCACGUGGGACUCGGCGCCGGAUACGAUGGCAUUAAUUUCACCCCGAACGGCCUGGAGGACGUGAGCAGCUAUCCAAGACUUUUUGCCGAGCUGCUCGGCGAUGGAUGGACGGCCGACGAGCUGGAGAAGCUGGCCGGGCGCAAUCUGCUCCGGGUGCUGGAGGAGGUCGAAAAAGUUCGCGAGAACCAGCGGCUGUCCGGUGUACGGCCGUACGAGGACAUUCCGGUGGCGUUACGGGCCGACGAGCACUUCAACUGUACCACCAACAGUUAAUGAACUGUAGUACCACCUGCAGCGAUCACUCCUGAACCCGCCUAGCUGUGACUGUGAAGUGAGAGUGGGUAGUAGACGACCCUCGCCUAACGUUGGCGUUGGCAGGCAACCGAAAGUGGGUGUCGUCAUGCUGCUACAGAUUGCACUCCAAGAUCUGGCCUCGAGUUGGUACAUUUUAGAUUUUUAGGCGAAAAUGUAUAUUUUUCGACGAAGUGAGAAAUGCCUUUUUACGUAUAUAUUUAAUGGAGGUAGAUAAAAAUGUUCCGUUUUUUCAGGUUUGAAAAUUAUCUCCUCGUAAACAGAGCAUUAUAAUGAAAUGAGUGUUCUGUAAUAAUGAAAGAGGCGGGAAAAUCUAGCGUUAAGCAUAAUCUGGGAAAAUGAAAAAAAAAAUGCCGGGUGAAAAAUAAACCAACAGUAACCAGUGCCGGGCAGUGAUCAUUUUUUUUAUUUCUCACUGCAAAGUGAUUUUUCUCGCUGGAUGCGGUCCGUGGAGCGAGCAAAAAAAAAAUAAUUAAAAUACCCACAUUAGUGAUUAAUGAUUAAAUCUGCGGGUGAGCGACCGCCCGGGAGCCUCGCCUGAUGCCUGGUCAGAAUCCAACGAUAUUUUUCAUUAUUAUUUUAAACUACCUUGCAGAUAUUUUUUUCAUGGAUGGAGAUUAUCAUCAAACAUUUAAAGUGGUUUUGUGAACGACUUUAUUUUACUCGGAAAAUAAGCAAAGUUCAAUGGAGUAGCUGAGAUAAACUGUCGAAAUGAUAGGGUCUGCUUCAGUAAACCUCUUUAAUUUUAAUGGAGCGUAAAAGUUGACUUGAAACUUAGAGCGUAGACUGACGGCAAUCGAUAUAUAAAUCAAACCCUUUUGAAUAAAUUCCCGACUUUUAAAUGUGACACUUUUUAGCCGACCUAUACUGUGGAAUGUAGGUAACUUGAAACGCAAUAUUUAGUUAUUCAUUCAGCUUUGUCCAGUUUUUUUCACUGAAGGUUUUACUCGUCCGACAUUUUCGAUAGAAAUUUCUAAGCGGUUCUAAUACCAAGAGAACGAUUGAAAAUUUCUACCAUAUUUUUCAAUUUAAUCAGGAGAGUAGAAAGGGGUAAUGUCAUGCGUUCUGUUUUGACGUGGAUGUAUAGCUGUAUUUUUGACUUAUUAUGGCUAGUAAGCAUUCGUUCGAACAAUGAUCACAUUUAUGUGAAACGACAUUUUUAAAAGAAUAAAUCAUAUUGGUGUAGAAUUGUAGGGGGUGGUUUGGUUCAGUGUAUUCAUAACGAUUAGUUGUUUACAUCAAUCGUCUCCAGCUAUUUUCAAUUUUUUACGAGAUUUGUGAAGCUUUAUUGUUGUUUAGCGUAUCAAUCGACUGGGAAUUUUGUUUAUACUGUUGUUUGCGCAGUGUAAAAGAGCCUCCUGUUUGCUUUUAUGUUGCGAAAAACCCAUCGAAGAAUGCAAUCGAGUGAACUUCUGCGACUUAACCACCAAAAUUUUCUACCGAAUGCAGUGCCAUCUGUAUUUUAUUGUCUGCAUUCUCAAAAGAGAUUAUAACUACUAGAGAGAGCAAAGCGCUACUGUCUCCAUGUAUUUACGGACUGAAACAUGGGGUCUCGCUCUAGCAUGUUGUAUCCCAUUACUUUGACAUGUGUGUACCCGGGGCAAGAGGUGUCAAACUAAUGGGCCUAGCAUAUGUGAG